UUUUUGGGACUCUAGAAUUGGAAUUAGAGGUUACAAAUUUGUUGUAGUUAAUUGAACACGGUAGGUAUCUGUGAGAGUGCUUUUAUAGUGAAGUCUUCCUUGUUUAGUACUUUAGUUCCAUUUAUUCCUCAACUAAGUGUGAAGCACUAACCCACGUUGAAUUAUAUUUCCACGUUCACACUACUUGAGGAACAAGUAAGGACUUCUUCAAACAUGCUAGCAGUAAGUGGUUUAAUGGUUGAGAAAAUAUAAGAAAAGACUUUAGGAAAUUCAUUUUUACUUGUUCAGUAAUCAAAAAAGAUUUUUAUUUAGAAAAUAAAAAUUGUUUUAUUUGUUUACAAUAUUUUCUAAAAAUUUUGAGUUAAAUAUUUUUCAAAAUCACUUGUUGCAUUUAAUAAGUUUCAUCUAGUUUCCUAAAACUAAUCAAUAUAAAAUACUUAAAUAAAUCCUAAGUACAGACUCUUGAACUUAGUCUUUAUGUCUUUUCUAGAAAUCUUCGAAUCUAAAGAUUCAUGCGUUUCAGCUCAGCGUCUCAACCCACGAACAACACUGUUGAACAAGAACUGUAAUCAUGAAUCAUCGCUUAGGAACUGGUGUUGAGGGUGUAUUGAUUUGCCUUGAACAUUUGCUCCAUGCUAUCCAUUACUCCACCUCUGGAACUCAUUUAGACAACUUGUUUUCUAUACCACUUCCACUAACAUGUUCCAUAGGAACAAUUCCUUGAUUCAAAGGAACAAUUCCAUAGUUCCAAUUCAAGAACUUUGUUCUUCUAUUAGAGUUCCAACUCAGGAACUUCACUUAUUAUCUUUAUAAAUCACCAUUAUUAAUUCAUGAACCUUGUACAUAUAAAACUUAUAAACGUUGUUAGUUAUUAUUUUAGUUUGUCAUCAUCAAAAUCCAUAGUGGCUCAACACGUGGGUCCAGCGCACGAAGGCUGCGUGUGGCGCACCACCUGUGCGUGUGGCACACGCCUACCAUCUUCGAAUCUCUCUCCUUCUUCUUCAAGAAGAAAUCAAGGCACAUGUUACAACUUGUUAAUGACAUUUUAGAUCUUGCUAGUUUCUUUUUUUUGUCUAUAGGAACGGUAAUAAGGUGGCUUAUAUUCUAGCUCAUCUACCUCCUUGGUACUUUUGGUAGUGAAGUCAUGAGCUCUGACUUUUCAUCUUUUAUUGUAUCUUUGUUGCCUGAUGAUUUAUAGGUUAAUGAUAAUAAUUACCUGCUCCCUAUAAGUCCUUCCAAAACAAUAAAAUAAAGGCAAGAGAUGAUUAAUUUGUAAUGGGUAUAGGCCAAAUGGCCUAUACAACAUAUUUAUAUAGUGUUCUUUUUGUACCAUAAGUGUUUGAAGUCAACAUUUGGAACUAUCUUCUCAUAACUUUUGUCAUAAUUCAAUAUGAGAAUACAACUACAAGGCUGUAAAUAUGUUUGUUUCCAAAGGUCCAUAUUGUCUGCUAGGCAUUUGGUCUUUCAAAUUUUGCCGACUUUUAUUUUUCUGUACUAGCUAGUAGCUACUGCGAAUCUGCCAUGAUGCUACUUAAAUUCCAUCAGAUUGUAGGCUGCAACCAAACAAAUUGAGCAGGUAUUCACAUUGCUGUAAAAGAAGAAAUGGCGAAAGAUAGAGUUGACUGCAGAGUACCAGGUAUAUUUAAGAUUGUUUUCUGCAUUUGGUGCUGCUUUAUUUGUAGCAGUAAUAUCAUGUUUGCUUACGGCUUGUCAUCGUAUGCAAACGUCCCUUAUUCAUGGAAAUACCUCUGGUAUGUAGAAGGAGAGUUACAUGUAUUUCGUGAUGAAUCUGUUGCCUUUACAGCCUUGUAUUCUCAACAGCAUGAUGAUUAUCCUCCAUUUGGGUUUGGUUUUUUCGCAAAUCAAACGGCAAACUCAUUCAUACUUGCUAUAUAUAUGGGGUCUUUGGAUGAUGAGAAUUCUUCCCCUGUUGUUGUCUGGUGUGCCAACCGAGAUCAUCCUGUUGGUGAUGGUGCUACUCUUAAUCUUACAUCUGAAGGAGAUUUGGUGUUAAGGGAUGCCGAUGGAAGUUUUGUGUGGUCGACCAACACCUCUGGCCAUUCAGUAAAAUCCAUUGAGUUGAAAGAGAAUGGGAACUUGGUUCUUUUGAAUGGUAACGGGAAAACAAUCUGGGAGUCAUUUGAAUACCCAACUGAUACAUUACUCUAUGGCCAAGCACUUCCCAAGGGACGGAGAUUAACUUCCAGCAUAUCAACUUCCAAUUAUUCCUCAGGGAUCUUUUAUGUUCUUCAGGAAUCUGAUGGAUAUAUGCAUGCUUUUGUUGAGCUAGAUCCUCCACAAGAAUACGGUGAUUUUUUGGGAAUUCAGAGGGCCAGCCUCGAAUUUCCAUACUCCUUAAAUGAUACAAUACCAUAUUCUUCUUCUUAUGCUUAUUUACAUCUUUACCAAAAUGGACACCUAAAUCAGCUUUUGUGGAAUUUCAGUGAGUACAACCCCUUCAGUCUCUUGGAUGAUCAUAUUUAUGGUGAUUGUGAAUACCCGACAAUGUGUGGAACAUAUGGGGUAUGUAUGGAUAAAAAUAAGUGCAGAUGUCCAAGAGGAAGUGACGACAGCUUGAAUUACUUCAAGCUGAAUGAUGAAGAUGAUCCCAACUCAGGGUGCAACCCAAUUACACCUCUAUCUUGUCCUGACACCAAAAAACUCCAUGGUUUUCUAGAGCUUGAUAAUGUUACAUACUUCGAUUCUACUCCCUCUCACGUACAUACAGAUGUUGAGAGUUGUAAACGUGCAUGUUUAAAUCAGUGUUCAUGUAAAGCCGUCUUCUUUCACUACUAUAAUGAUACCACAUUAGGUAAUUGUACACUACCUUCAGAAGUUCUCACUCUGAUGGAUGUUUCUAGUGACUAUUCUUUAGGCUAUAAAGCUGUGGCAUUCAUCAAAGUGCAAAACAGAAUGCAAAAUAGAACAGCUUCAUGGAAGAGAAAUGUGGUACUAUCUAUUUUUGCUACCUUGAUAUUCUUGGCCUUGGUUAUUGGAAUAUUGGUUUAUCUGUUGAUGAAACGAAGGAGGAUUAGUGCCAAAGGAACCGACUCUUCUUUUGGUAUACUUGUCGACACAGUUAGUCGAUUCUCUUUUGAAUCGCUUAAAUUAGCAACCGAAGACUUCCAAACAAUGCUUGGUCGAGGAGGGUUUGGGUCGGUUUUUGAAGGUACAUUGAUUGAUGGGACAAAAGUUGCUGUGAAAAGAUUGGAUUCAUCAGGCCAAGGGAGGAAGGAAUUCUUGGCAGAGGUCAAUACAAUAGGUAAUUUUCACCACUUCAACUUAGUGAGGCUGAUUGGAUUUUGUGAUGAUGGAUUGAACAGACUUCUUGUCUAUGAAUUCAUGUGUAAUGGGUCGCUUGAGAAGUGGAUCUUUAACCAAGACAUAGCACAGACACUUACAUGGCACUUACGACGAAGAAUUAUUGAUGGUGUAGCUUCCGGGCUUGAAUAUCUACAUGAGCACUGCAACCAAAAUGUGAUUCAUUUCGAUAUUAAACCUCAGAAUAUACUCCUAGACAGAGAUUUCAAUAUUAAGAUUGCUGAUUUUGGUUUAGCCAAAAUGGUAGACCGAGAUCAAAGCCAGGUUAUGACUAUUGUUAGAGGAACACCAGGAUAUAUGGCUCCUGAGUUGAUAAACGGCCGCGCAAUUUCUGUUAAGGUUGAUGUUUAUAGCUUUGGAGUUCUCGUGCUAGAAAUCGUGUGUGGCCGUAAAAAUUUUGGGUCUUUAGAAGGUGAUUGUCUCACCAACUUGGUGAAGGCGAAGGCGGAUGCGGAUCAACUCUCUGAUCUAAUUGAUGAGCGUGCCGAAGAUAUGAAACAACAACAGGAAGAAGUGGUGAAGAUCAUGAAGAUCGCAAUAUGGUGCUUGCAGCCUCAUUUUAUUAGGCCUACCAUGUCGAUGGUGGUGAAAGUUCUACAAGAUCUUUCAAACUUGGAGCAAGCAUUGAGUGAUCUUAGCUACUUAACCAUGGUCCAGGAAGCCACUCCAGUAGAGGAUAAUUACAACUUUUCAGUCCGUCCUACAGAGUCACUUCUGUCCGGGCCUCGUUGAUGGGGACUUCCUCCAUCAAAUCUCUAAGGUUAAACUACACCAUGAAGAAUGGGAAGCAAAUUAAGUAGCGGACUCAUAGCAAGAUUGGCAAAAAAGAAAGCGACAAUAGUGAACUAUAUGUUUUUUGUGCACACCCUACCCUCAUAUAGUAAUAAGUUACCACUAGUAGAUAAACAAGUACUAAGUGUCCAGAUCAUGAAUCUGUCAAAUUUGAGGAGAUACAUUCUCCUAAUGUUGUAGACACUUGAAUUAUGUUUAUGCUAUGAUUAUCCUUUCUAA